AUGGGAAAUUAUUCUGGAGAGUUCAUGUUUUUGCUUCAUGGACUUAAUGACACAAUGACAAACAAAUACAUUUACUUUGGAUUUGGUCUUGUUUUUUAUUUUGUGACACUGUUGGUCAAUUUGUUACUAAUUAUAACAGUUAUUCUCGACAAGACACUUCAUGAACCUAUGUAUCUGUACAUAUGUAGUUUGUUUGUAAAUGGAAUAUGUGGUUCUUCUGCUUUCUAUCCAAAUAUCCUUGCUGAUCUUUUAACAGAUUCCCAUGUUAUAUCAUAUACAGCAUGCCUGACACAAACGUGUGUUAUUUAUUCUUAUGUCUUAUAUGAAUUCACAUGUCUAACAGUCAUGGCAUAUGACAGAUAUGUAGCCAUUUGUAAGCCAUUAGAAUAUCUCUCCAUUAUGACACAUCAGAAGGUUAUAAAACUGCUCACAUUUAUCUGCUUCUUCUCCAUACUACAGUCAUUAGUUGGGGCUGCACUGACAAUCCGGCUACCUUUAUGUGGUAAUGACAUUGACAAGCUGUACUGCUCUAACUGGGAGGUUGUUAAACUGUCUUGCACAGAUGUAACUGUGAACAAUCUAUAUGGGUACUUUCUAAUACUUUUUCAUGCUUCCCAAGCUGUGCUCAUCAUUGUGUCAUAUAUUCAAAUCAUUAAAGCUUCUUUACAGUCCCAGGCAGGAAAGGUUAAAUUCAUGCAGACAUGCCUUCCCCAUAUAAUCACGCUCUUGAAUUUCAGUGUUUCCAUAAUCUUUGAUGUCAUGUAUUCUCGCUAUGGCAAAACCCAGGGACUGCAAUCUGUGCGCAGUAUUUUGGGUAUGGAGUAUCUUCUUGUGCCUCCUCUACUAAACCCUAUAAUAUAUGGAAUGAACUUAUCCCAGAUACGGCGACAGUUUUUAAAAAUGUUCAGAUGCAAAAUUAAAGCAGUUUUCUGA